AUGAAGGCAGAGUUGUCCAUGUGUGGUGGAGGAGUGGGCCUGGGGCUGAGGGCAUCCUGCUGGUCACACUCUGGGACGUCGUGUGCCCUCAGGGGCUUGUCUGUGCCCUCAGGGUCCUGUCAGUGGCACAGGGGCUGCCCAGAGCCCUCAGGGCCAGUGGGGCCCGUGUGUACCGGCACAGGCCGACCCACGCCCUCGGUGGUGGUGCUGCUGCAGGGGCCAGUGCGGGGGGUCGGUGACACCGAGCUGGGCUGGCCCGGCUCUGACCGGGACCAUGGGGUGCUUAGGGGGGGUUUCACCCACCGGCACGACCCCGCCCUUGCUGUGACCAUGCGCCCAUCCCUGGCCCCCGUCCGGAGGUGCCGGGUCCCGGUUACCCCGGCGCUGCCCUGCGUGGGGCUCAAUCCCUCCUCCCCCCGGGCUGGGCAGGGCAGGGCCCGGGACGGGCGGGGCCGCUCCUGGGCCCGGUGGCAGUGCCGAGACGUGUCGGAUACGUGGCCCCGGGGCGGGGCGGGCGGCGCGGACACGCGAACGGGGCUGGCCCGAGGCCGCGGGAUGAGGAACCCGCCGGCGAUGCUGAUCCUGCUGCUGCUGGGGCCAGCGGCCUGGGCCGCCCCCAGGGCGGGGAGGAGCAGGCCUGAGUCCCCCGUGGCCACAAUCGUGGAUCUGCACCCCGACCCGCUGAGCCCGGAGUCGCCUGUGCUGCUGCUGCUGUGGAGCGCCGUGCGGAGCCUGGGGCCACCGGAGCAGGACGUGGAGGCCAUGACACGGGAGCAGGCCCUGCUCUAUCUCUUCGUGCUCCAUGACCACGACCAGAGCAGGCGCCUGGAUGGGCUGGAGCUGCUCCAGUUACUCGGCACGGUGCUGGCACAGGCUGGGGGGCAGCCAGACCCUGACAUGGUGGCUGCACUGGUGGACCAAGCCCUGGCAAGGCAGGACCUGAAUGGGGAUGGGCUGCUGGACCCCUCUGAGCUGCUGGACCCCCCCGAGGUGCUCUUGCCUGGCCAGGGCAAGGGACCCCCAGGACAGCCCCCCCUAGAGCAGCAGCCAGAGGUUGGAGCUGUGCCUGGGGAGGGCACAGAGAUGCCUGGGCAGGACCUGGGGUUGAGAAGCCCAGGACAGGCAGCCAUUGAGGCUGGAGACCCCCAGACUGGAGCCCCUGAGGAUGAAGCCCCCAAGGUGGAAUCCGUCAAGGUGGAAUCUUCCAGUGCUGAGGCCUUGGAGGCAGAAGAAGCCCCUGAGGCCAAAGCCCCCAGUACUGAUGCUAUGGAGGAAGAGGAAGCCCCUGAGGCUGAAGCCCCUGAGGGGCAGGGAGCCCCAGCAUGGAGGGACCCAGGGGAGGGGUAGGCAGUGGGGAGCUGUGGGAUGCAAUGUCCUGGCUGCUCCCUGCCGUGCUCAGGGCACAGAGUGGCCAGGGGAUGCCCCAUGGCCAGGCUGCUGGGGCCAAGGAGGGCUGGGGCCGUGUGGUCUCUCCUGUAAUGCAUCGGAUGGAGAAAUAGAGGCACUGCCAGUGACCUUG